CUGGACCGGGUCGGAAGGGGACACCUGGCGGGAACCUGGUCCCCGAGAGCCGGGGUGCGGGUUCCGGAGCAGCGGCUCCCCGCACUAGACUCGGCUCUGCUCGUCAGCCGGGGCGCGCCCCUCGGAGCCCGGCCACUCGCGGCCGUCGCCCGCGCAGCCCCGAGGGCCCCUCGCCGCCCCUGCACGUGCCGCGCCCCGCGCGCCCGGUCCGGCCGCCGCGAUGAGCGAGUAAACUCUUCGCCCAACGUGGGGCUUGAACUCACGACCCAGAGAUCAGGAGUCACAUGCUCUGCCGACUGAGCCAGCCCGGCGCCCCUAGCAUAACGCAUUUGCGGUUCAUCCACAUGGUUCUUAAUACCAAAACAUCCCCAGCAACCAACCAGGCACCUGGCCCAGAGGAAAAGGGGAAAGCUGGUGGUGCCAAGAAGACUGAGGAGGAGGAGGAGAUCGACAUUGAUCUGACAGCGCCGGAAACAGAGAAGGCUGCCCUUGCUAUUCAGGGCAAGUUCCGGAGAUUCCAGAAAAGGAAAAAGGAUCCUAGCUCCUGAAUAACCAGCCUUGUCCCUCACUCUCUCCCUUUUCUCCCCUUCGCUGCAGUUCUGACUCCUACGUGUCUUUGUCUCUUUGUCCCUCCAGCCUCUUGCUGAGGCAAGUUCCAUCCUUAUAUAUUAUUUUCUCUGGUCCCCCCCAAGGCAUUGCAACAGUGGAAGCACAAGGAACGUGGGGGAAGACGAAGAAUUCAAUUGGCAGCCACUUGCCUAAGGGUGGACCAGUUUGUCCUUGGGACAAGCCUCCUUGACCAGCACCUAUGCCUGGCCUGUGAGGUUGAAGAGCAAGAGGCUUUGAGGUUGAGAGAGGGACCCCCGGCAGUCGGGGUGGGGGAAGCAGUCAGAGUUGGGUGCCCGAGGGGGGCCUAGGCACUGUUCCACCAGUUACAACAGUCACACUUCAGGUAACAUGUUUCUGCUCUUCACAUCCUUCUGCACCAACACAUCCUCCUUCCCUCCUAUGAGCUAGGCGACCGUGGGGACCGGAGCCUCCCUCUCCUCGAGGCCAACCCAGAUCAAGCCCCUUCCACAUUAGUGCAUGCUGAGUAGAUGAGUUCCAAGGCAGGGAGCCUGGGACGGGUGGAGGCCAGAGAAAGCUGCUUUCACCGUCCAGUCUAGGACCGUCAGGGGCAGAGGCAGAAGAGGUUUCAAAGGGCCGCGGGCAGGGAGAUGGGCCUAGAGUAGAUUUGGGGGGGAAAGAGAGGUAAGGGUGGGGAGCUUUCUGGAGACACAGCUACUGCCGGUAGACGUGUACUGCAUGUACUAGACAAAGGAUUUCUGCUACCCUGCCUACCUCUACCCUCCCCAAUCCAGCCAUCCCUAGAGGCCGCGCCAACCAAGGGACCCCUGUAGUUUCCACCUGCCCCACUGUGGAGUCAGAGCAGAAGUUGAGUAGCCACUCUAUGUGAUUUGAGCAUGUUUAAUCAUGAUUAAACAAGAAAAAAACCCCAGGGGGGUCAUCUAACCUCUA